AAGCAGCCGUACGGAAGCAGAUUUUCCAGUGAACUUGAACACCCGGGAUUUAAACAAGCUCCUUCAAAAGGCAGCAGAGGUGCGCGCAGAAGGCGCCUAGUGUCUGCUGGACCCGAGCCCUCACCAAGCUAAGCGGCUCCGGGAUUGUCUUGCCCAGAAAGACUGUGGACUUGAAUUUCCACCUGUCUUUGUGCGGGCUCUGUAACGGCGCCUGGGACUUCACUGUCAGAGCAGAAGAAAAGCAGAGGAGCGAAUCCGCGUCUCCAGUCCGGCCUUGACCCACGCUGCGCUGUGCAGGCCGCACUCCAGCCCAGAGCACGCGUGCACGCCUCUGAGCCCCUUCUCUCCCGCCGGCCCCGCCGCCCCGAGACAUGCACGUGGCUGUGGUGGCCACAGCCGCGAUCCUGCUCCUGGGCGCCGGCCGGCCCUGCGACACCCUCUGCUCGCCCACCGUGUUCUACAGGGACUGCUGGAUCCGGCGCUUCCCGGGGCUCCUGAUCGACCUGGAGGAGUCGCAGAAGCGGGGCGCCCAGUUCCUGAGGUACUACUGGGAGAGCACGGGCCAGAGGUGUGGCAGGAGCUGCUGCCUGCGGAAGGAAGUCUCCUGCAACGUGGCUGUCUUCCACCACGACCCGGUGCACGACAACAUCAACUGCCUCCAUGUCCACUGCCCCACGCUGGAGAGCUGCAUACUGGAGCCCGGGCCCAGCGCCAUCCUGUACAACAUAACAGGCGGUAUCGACCCAGAUUUGCUGGUUUUUGGCCAGUUGCCUCUGACACACCUAAAUACCCGAUCUUCAUCUAACAGGUGGGACAGACUAAGGAUUCUAAAAGCCAUGAAUGAAGAUCAACAGGAACCCACCAUGGUGAACCAGACGCCCCCCGCUCCGUCAUCCACCGCACCUCGAGGCUGGCUUGCAGACACAAACGGGACCACUUAUUCCAAGGAAUUAACGGCAGGUGUGUGGACAAGAUUCAUUUCUCUGAAUAACUCCGUUACCACCAAGGUCGACGUUGGGUCACGGAGCACGGAGGUCACCAACAUGACCGUCUCCCCUUCCUUUGCGCCUACGGACUCGGCACUGUCUCACGUGGCUGCCCCAUUCCGCCUCAACAGCAGCAAACAGUCACUGAACAAGACCAAGGGGUCCAACAGCGGGAACCACACAGCUGACAAUGGAGGCGAGACACUCAUGCAGGGGACUCUGCCUGCAAGAGCCUGGCUGGCCCCCACGGCCCUGGGCAGCUCCGCCAUCUUGCUUUGCUGUUGUGUAGUUUUCUUGGCAUCUGGGUGCUGUCGAAAGCGGCAGGGCCAGUACCGACCAGGACAGAGAAAGCCAGGACGCAGGCGAGGCGAGAAACGUACACGCUGAAGAACUCUGUCCAGGGAAAGAUCUAGCAGGAGCGGGAGCUCUCAGGGGUAGUGUGAUUAGUUUUAAGAGGCAGGCAGAUUGGUUAAAAAAUAAUUACACAGGAUGCGUGCUCCUACCAAUCUCUAAAAAGACGCCUUAUAAACCUAACUGCUUUAUUGUUUCCUAUUUCUUUGAAUAGCGUUACCUUGGCCACAGCUCUGAGAUUCCGCCCCCUGUGGCUAUUAGCUGAGCUGUACUGACUCACAGCCCUUACAACUAUCAUUAUCUCAUCACACACAGGGGGAAAUGGAGGCAGACACAGGUUAAGGAUCUUGCCUAAGGCCACACGCUACUAAGUACUGAAGCCAGAACUUAAUUAACCAUAAGCAAUCUAGUUCAAAAGUCCAUAAUCAGCAUCUUGUUAGACUAAGAGCCCCCAGAUCCCCAUAUCAUCAGAUUUAUCUCCCAGUGAAGGUCUGGUCAUUGUCACAUGCUAGUAGGACAUUUAGCGGCUUCAGCAAAGCGUCACUGUCAUAGUUCCUGUUUUACAUCUAGCUUUCUGCUUUAUGGAAUAAUCUUUCUCAGCCCCUCCCCCCAUCUUCCAAAGCCGAGAUGCCUGUUAACUACUGUUGAAUAAAGCUUGCAAGUUUGAGCUGAA